AUGGAGAAUUGGGAGCAGUCACACGAGUCUAUUAAGGCCGAUGUCAGCCAGUUGAAGGAUCAGAUGGCUCAGAUUUUGGCGGCUCUCGAAGCCCUGAAGACUACGGGAGGGGUGACGCCUGCGCAAGUUGAGGGAAGUGCUCAAUAUUACCCUCUGUUGUUCAACGCUGGGAGCCAAUCUGUUUCGUUCCCAAUGUAUGGAUUACCUGCAGGUUACACCCCGCCUGUGGGAGAAUACACAGAAGGGGAGCAAACUUCAUUCUCUUUCCCUACCACUGCUAACGUACCGCCAAUCAGUACUCAGGGACCUGUUGUAAUGUCUGCACCUAUGGUAAAUGAAGGGAUGUAUGCAAGCAUGACUGAUGGAAUACGAGUAACCCCGGUGCCACCUGUGAUUACCGGAGAGGGCUUUUCUACAAGGGCUGCGCCAUAUACUUUGUUUCAGGGGGUAACUAGUAAUGUUGAUGGGGCGAAGGAUAAACUGGAGAGCCUAGAGGCAAGAUUGAGGGCUGUUGAGGGGUAUGAAAGUUAUGGAUUUGGGGAUGUUUCUAGAUUGAGCCUGGUUCCUGGCGUCAAAAUACCACAUAAGUUUAAAGCGCCAGAUUUUGAGAAGUAUAAGGGAAAUACAUGCCCAAAGAGCCAUCUAACCAUGUUUUGUAGAAAGAUGGCUGCAUAUGCUUAUGAUGAGCAGCUGCUCAUCCAUGUUUUUCAAGAUAGUUUGGCUGGAGUGGCGUUAAACUGGUAUACCCAUUUAGAGUCGACUCGAAUUCGUUGUUGGGCGGACUUGGCUGAUGCUUUUGUGAAGCAGUAUAUAUAUAAUACACAUGUUGCGCCAGAUCGUUUACAGCUGCAAAACAUGUCAAAGAAAGACAACGAAACCUUUAAGGAGUAUGCUCAGCGGUGGAGGGAAUUGGCUGCACAAGUUGAGCCACCUUUGUAUGAUAGAGAAAUGGUGGCAAUGUUUGUUAAUACGCUCCAACCACCAUUCUAUGAACAUAUGGUGGGAAAUGUAUCUUCAAAUUUUGCCGAUAUCAUUGUGAUAGGCGAGCGGAUAGAGAUCGGGUUGAAGAAUGGGAAAAUUGCAUAUGGCUCAUCGGUGGUUGCACAUUCCAAAAAACCCAACUUCAACUCAGGAAAAAGAAAGGAAGGAGAUGUGCAUGCAACAUCUGCAACCCCGGUCUGGAGAGGUCAGGUUCCCACUCAUAACUAUCGACCAUACUGGGGUCAACAUCCACAUGCAGCUAAUGCGUCAUUUGGUCAUCAAAUUAGGCCUCAACAGCAACCAGGGUACUAUCAACCACAAUACAUUCCGACGAAUAAUUGGAGGGGAGGGGCGAACGUAGGUUCCAAUAUGAAUGUGGGUCCAAAUACUUAUCCAAGAAGGAACCAAGAAAGAAAUUAUGUUAACUUUACCCCAAUUCCUACUACUUAUACGGAAUUAUUACCUCAUCUUAUCAAACAAGGUCUGGUUGUCGUUUGUCCCCUGAAGCCUUUGCAGCCUCCAUACCCAAGAGGUUAUGAUGCAGAUGCAAAGUGUAGUUAUCAUGGAGGGGCCGCUGGUCAUUCCACUGAGAGGUGUCUGGCUUUCAAGCAUAAAGUGCAGACUCUAAUUGAUUCUGGGUGGUUAAAGUUCCAAGAGGAUAAGCCUAAUAUUGAGGCCAAUCCUUUAUCUGGGCAUGGAAGUGCUUCGACGAAUGCCGUCGAAGUGAAAGAGCAUGAGCUGGUGAGGAAUGUGAAAGAGGUCAGGAGCUCUAGGAGGUUUAUUUUGGAGGCGUUGCUGAAAGUGGGUAUCUUGAAGGGUGAUUAUAAUGAGAGUAUGGCAUGCGCGCUCCACCCAGAUGCUGAGCACUCUAUUGAGGAGUGUGUUAAGUUUGAAGAAAUUCUGCAAGACCUGUUAGAUCGUGGCCUGAUGCAGGUAUGCUACAAGAAGGAGGAGGGAAAUGUAUUUGCACAAACUGGUGAUGAAUCCGGCAUGAGUUUACCAGAACCAUUGGUGAUUCGUUUCACUAAGACUACCUCUAUCCCACCAACUCAAGGAAGGUCGCCCGUUGUUAUCCGUGUACCAGCUCCUUUUCCUUACAAGAACGAAAAAGCCGUCCCAUGGAGAUAUGGGACACAUGCGUCAAGCGAAGCACAAAACGUUGACCCUGUCGUCAAAAACAUAUCAGGGAUAGGUGGAAUGACUAGGAGUGGUCGAAUUUUCACAUCACCAGAGUUGGCACAAGAAAGAGUCAAUGAUAAGGAAACAACGAUGGCUGCGAAGGCAAAAGAAUUCUUAAAGGGGAAGGGUGCACAGACAGAGGAGAUCCCCGACAAGGAAGAGAGGAGAGAAGUUUCUGAAGAGGAGGCUUGUGAAUUUUUAAAAUUCAUACAACAAAGUGAAUAUAAGGUGGUGGAACAGUUAAACCGUAUGCCUGCUCGUAUAUCCUUGUUAGACUUGCUCAUGCAUUCAGCAUCACACAGAAAGUUGCUAAUGAAGAUACUCAGUGAGGCUCACGUGGAGCAAGGUAUUUCGUUGAAUAAAUUCGAGGGUAUUGUUGGCAAUAUUGUUGCUAAUAAUUAUCUCACCUUUACGGAUGAAGAGAUACCAGCUGAAGGAAGAGGGCAUAACAAGGCUCUUCACGUCUCUGUGAAAUGCUUGGAUCAUGUUAUAGCACGUGUUUUAGUGGACAAUGGGUCCUCCUUGAAUGUUAUGCCGAAAGCAACCUUGGAAAAGCUACCUUGCGAAGGAAUGCAUAUGAGGCCGAGUUCAAUGAUUGUGAGGGCGUUCGAUGGCAAUAAAAGAGAAGUGAUGGGAGAGGUGGAUUUACCAAUGCAAGUUGGCCCUUGUGUCUUUCAAAUAACGUUCCAGGUUAUGGAUAUCCUGCCAGCUUAUAGUUGUCUAUUGGGGCGCCCAUGGAUCCAUUCGGCUGGGGUUGUGCCUUCUACACUACACCAGAAGUUGAAGUAUGUGAUGAGAGAUAAGCUGGUGAUAGUAUCAGGAGAAGAAGAUCUUCUUGUGAGUGGGCCAUCAUCCACACGCUACAUCGAGGCGGCUGAGGAAGCUCUCGAAACAGCCUUCCAGUCGUUGGAGAUUGUGGGAAAUGCUUGUGUGGAACCGUUUCCAGUAAAUCCUCGUCUAUCAUGUGCUUCUAUUAUGAUGGCCAAGAUUAUGAUAAAAGGGGGCUAUGUAUAUGGGGAAGGUUUGGGUAAGUAUCGGCAGGGGCGAGCAUUCCCUAUAGAAAUCGUUGAAAACAAGAACAGAUAUGGCUUGGGAUACAAACCUACCAGGGAAGACAGGAAAAGGAUGAUUGAAGAAAGAAAAGAACGCAGUUUGGCCCGUGCAGAAAGACGAGGGCCCAAAGAGAGCAAAAUUCACAUUGUUGACAUCAAGGAAAGCUUCCGCAGUGCUGGGUGGAUCAACACUGGCCAGAUAGCAGCUGUGGAGGAUGAAGAAAGGCCUCAAAGUUUGAGCUUUGUGUGGGCUUGCUCCCCUGAUACUCAACUCAACAAUUGGGAAACACUGGAUUUACCUGUGAUGCUUAAUGUGAACAAAAUAUGUGACAAUGAUUGUUUUGAAAAUAACGAUAUCAAUGUUCCUAAUUUUGAGCACCCUAUCAAUAAUACGGAAGAUGAUUUCGAAGAUGAUGUGGAACCCUCUCCAGAAUUGUUGAGAUUAGUGGAACAAGAAUCUAAGGAGAUUAAACCCCAUCAGGAGGAAAUUGAAAUACUCAACUUGGGAGAGAAGGAUGAGAUAAAGGAGGUGAAAAUCGGUACUAGUAUGAAGACGGAAGUAAGGGAAAGAUUGCGCGUACUGUUGAAGGAAUUUAAAGAUGUGUUCGCGUGGUCUUACAAUGACAUGCCGGGUCUAGAUACCGAUAUUGUGCAGCAUAGGCUCCCACUCAAGCCGGAAUGCCCUCCAAUCAAGCAAAAACUGAGAAGAAUGAAGCCGGAAAUGUCCUUAAAAAUUAAAGAAGAGGUCCAAAAGCAAUUUGACGCAGGAUUUUUGGCUGUGGCAAGAUACCCACAAUGGGUAGCGAAUGUUGUACCAGUGCCUAAGAAGGAUGGGAAGGUUCGAAUGUGUGUUGACUAUCGUGAUUUAAAUCGUGCAAGUCCGAAAGAUAAUUUCCCGUUACCACACAUCGAUACUCUGGUUGAUAAUACGGCCAAAUUUUCGUUAUUUUCGUUCAUGGACGGAUUCUCGGGGUAUAAUCAAAUUAAAAUGGCACCGGAAGAUAUGGAAAAAACGACCUUUAUCACGUUAUGGGGAACAUUCUGUUAUAAGGUGAUGUCUUUUGGACUCAAGAAUGCUGGGGCAACAUACCAAAGGGCAAUGGUGACACUCUUUCAUGAUAUGAUGCAUAAGGAAAUUGAAGUUUAUGUGGAUGACAUGAUUGCAAAGUCGGAGUCAGAAGAGGAGCAUAUUUUCAAUCUAAGGAAAUUAUUUGAGAGACUGAGAAAAUACAAACUCAGGUUAAAUCCCACCAAAUGCACGUUUGGAGUAAAGUCUGGAAAAUUGUUGGGCUUUAUUGUCAGCCAAAGAGGGGUAGAAGUUGAUCCUGACAAAGUAAGAGCGAUAACGGAAAUGCCGGCGCCCAGAACAGAAAAAGAGGUUCGAGGUUUUCUGGGAAGGCUGAACUACAUUGCUAGGUUCAUCUCCCAAUUAACUGCUACUUGUGAACCAAUGUUCAAGUUGCUACGAAAAAAUCAGGCUGUAGUCUGGAAUGAAGAUUGUCAAGUUGCUUUCGAAAAGAUCAAACAAUACCUGCAGGACCCUCCUGUAUUGCGUCCACCUAUGCCAGGAAGACCGCUCAUUUUGUAUUUGACCGUACUGGAUAAUUCAAUGGGUUGUGUAUUGGGUCAGCAUGAUGAAGACGGGAAAAGAGAGCAUGCCAUAUAUUACUUGAGCAAGAGGUUCACAGAUUGCGAACAACGAUAUUCGUCGUUAGAACGAACUUGUUGUGCACUGGCGUGGGCUGCUCAUCGUUUAAGGCAAUACAUGUUGAGUCACUCUACUUGGUUGAUAUCUAAAAUGGAUCCUAUCAAGUACAUAUUCGAAAAGCCCGCUCUCACUGGAAGGAUAGCUCGAUGGCAGAUGCUAUUAUCGGAGUACGACAUUGUAUAUGUUACUCAGAAAUCUAUCAAGGGUAGCUCUUUAGCAGAAUUUUUAGCCCAUCAACCCAUUAGUGAUUAUCAGCCGAUGCAACCUGAGUUUCCUGAUGAAGAUAUCAUGGCUUUAUUUGCUGAGAGCAGAGAUGACAAAAAUGAAAAAGCCUGGACGGUAUUAUUCGAUGGGGCAUCGAAUGUAAUGGGGCAUGGAAUAGGGGCAGUGCUUAUCUCUCCUAAGAAUCAAUACAUUCCAAUGACGGCAAGGUUGUGUUUUAAUUGCACAAAUAAUAUCGCAGAAUACGAAGCCUGUGCUAUGGGUAUUCGAGCAGCAAUAGAGUCUAAAGCAAAAAUUCUGGAUGUAUACGGAGAUUCAGCUUUGGUUAUCCAUCAAUUGAAGGGAGAAUGGGAGACUAGGGAUAUUAAAUUAAUUCCAUACCAAGCUUACAUCAGGGGAUUAAUUGAGUAUUUCGAUUCCAUCACGUUUAAUCAUAUACCGCGAGAAGAUAAUCAAUUAGCGGACGUGUUGGCUACCUUGUCGUCGAUGUUUGAAGUUGAUCAAGAUGCAGAAUUGCCAAUGAUUGAAAUGAAGAGUCAUGCGGGGCCAGUGUAUUGUCAUUUCAUCGAGGAGGAAGUAGAUGGUAAACCUUGGUACUUUGAUAUCAAGCAUUAUCUUAAGACUCGAGAAUAUCCAGAGAAGGCAUCCGAAAACGAUAAAAGGGCGUUAAGGAGGUUGGUUGGCAGUUUCAUUUUGAGUGGGGAUAUUCUAUAUAAGAGGAAUCAUGACAUGGUUCUCCUUAGAUGUGUAGAUGCAAAAGAAGCCGAACUGAUACUAAAAGAAGUGCAUGAGGGUACAUUUGGCACGCACAUGAAUGGGCACUCAAUGGCCAGGAAGAUAAUGAGAGCGGGGUAUUUUUGGUUGACUAUGGAAAAUGAUUGCUGUACACAUGUGAGAAAGUGUGAGAAAUGCCAGGUAUACGCAAGUAAUAUCAAUAUGCCACCCACGACCUUGAACGUGUUGUCUGCACCGUGGCCCUUUUCGAUGUGGGGAAUAGAUGUCAUCGGAGCUAUAGAGCCAAAGGCGUCAAAUGGACACCGUUUCAUAUUAGUCGCAAUCGACUACUUCACCAAGUGGGUUGAGGCUGCUUCUUAUGCUAAUGUGACUAGAAAGGUGGUGACCAAGUUCAUAAAAAAGGAGUUGAUUUGCAGAUACGGGCUCCCUAACAGGAUCAUCACCGAUAAUGCCACUAACUUGAAUAACCAGAUGAUGACAGAGUUAUGUGAGGAGUUCAAAAUUCAUCAUCUUAAUUCUUCUCCUUAUCGUCCAAAGAUGAAUGGGGCAGUAGAGGCUGCUAAUAAAAAUAUCAAGAAGAUUGUGCAGAAGAUGGUGGUCACAUAUAAGGAUUGGCAUGAAAUGCUUCCUUUUGCUUUACAUGGUUAUCGCACUUCGGUACGAACAUCGACUGGGGCAACGCCUUUCUCGCUUGUAUAUGGAAUGGAAGCAGUACUUCCGUUUGAAGUGGAAAUUCCGUCCUUACGAGUUUUAAUGGAAACCCAAUUAGAAGAGGCUGAGUGGGUUCAAGCUCGUUUCGACCAGCUCAAUCUCAUCGAUGAAAAAAGAUUAACAGCAGUAUGCCAUGGACAAUUGUACCAAAGAAGAAUGAAGAAGGCAUUUGAUAAAAAGGUACACACAAGAGAAUUUCAUGAAGGUGAGCUGGUGUUGAAGAAGAUUCUACCUAUACAAAAAGAUCAUAGAGGCAAAUGGACUCCAAAUUAUGAAGGGCCAUUUGUAGUGAAAAAAGCAUUUUCUGGUGGGGCACUAAUUCUCACGAGAAUGGACGGAGAGGAGUUACCAUUGCCAGUUAAUUCUGAUGCAGUAAAAAAGUUUUACGCAUGA